AUGCCCGACCACCCCACCAAACGACCGGAAAUGGAACAACGCCGAGCAAGCGACUCGGUUGCCAACAGCGGCACCCAGACCGAAGACGAUCGAGUAUCAGGAGGGCAGGAUACAAGCCUCACAAGAGCCCAGAGCCUCGACCGCCAACGGCAGCUUGCGCAGAGGCCACCUGCUCGGGAUGCCCAAGUUACCAGAAGGCCAGACGAGGAGAUGGCACCACAGCAUGACUCGGACCGGCGCGGCGCCCCUGCAGUCCGGUUGGACAUGGACUUAGACGUCGACAUCACCAUGAAGGCCAAGAUAAAGGGUGUAAUUGAGUUAUCUAUCCUUGACUCGGAACAGUCCAAUCAACAACGGCAACCAAGGCAACCUUAG